CUAGAUGAAUCUUGUAAGGAUUUUAUCCGCUUUUUGCGUUAUUCCAGUGGUUUCAAUGCACUUUUAAAAUGCGUGGAUAACAAACAUCUCCCCCUUGAAAACAAAAUGUAGAACAUAUUCGUGAAAGCCUACCAAGUGUUUGACAGCAAGGAGGUGUUUACGAUGGCUGUGCUGUAACAUCAGUGUGACUCAGGUUUGGUGCAUUGCCUGGCGAUGCGAUGAUAUGCUGCUUGGAUGGGGUUAGAAAUGGAAAAUCGUUGUGGGACGUCAAAACCUCAACACCUUGACUAACGACGAUCGCAGGAAAUCACUGAUUAUUUUCAUCUGCUCUGGCUUGUGCAUGACGACGUUCCUGUAAAAUAAGAAUUGUGGGUAUGGAGGAGAGUACUGAGGAACUGAGGGAGGAGUGGACCUUGCUCCUCUGGACCACGGUUGCUGUUCUGGUCCCAGUGCUCAUCACGCUGUGGUGCAGCUUCCAGCGUCCUAAACGCAAAGUUCAGCUGAAAGAUCUGUUCCGAAAGAGCAAACACGGCUGGCACUACACAGAUCUGUUCAACAAGCCCACCUACUGCUGCGUGUGUUCUCAGCCCAUCCUGCAGGGGGCGUUCUGUGACUGCUGCGGCAUAUGUGCGGAUGAGCAGUGCAUACAGAGGGCAGAUCGCAUCCUCUCGUGUAAGGAGAUCAUGACACAGAGACAGACAGAUGGGAGGUUUUACCAUCAGUGGGUCAGGGGAAAUGUGCCCCUCGCCAGCUACUGUGCCAAGUGCAAACAGCAAUGCGGGACUCAACCUAAACUUUGCGACUAUAGGUGUGUAUGGUGUCAGACCACAGUGCAUGAUGACUGCCUUUCUAGUCUGAAUGAUGAUCUGUGUGAUCUUGGAGAGUUCCGCUCUGUUAUCAUACCUCCAUAUUACCUCUAUCAAGUCAACAAGCUCCGCCGAAGACACCCUGAUGAGUACAGUAAGCAAUGGUGGAAAGUUCAAGUUGUCUCCAAAGGAAACUAUUUUCGUAAGCCAAAGGUGUUGUCCAUGAAUAAUUAUUUCUCAGUGGGUCCUGAUGCUCUCAUGGCAUUGAACUUCCAUGCGCACAGAGAGAAAACGCCCUCCUUUUUCUCCAGCCGAAUCAUCAAUAAGGCAGUGUACUUCCUCUAUGGUACCAAAGAUUGUUUAGUGCAAGAAUGUAAAGAUCUGGAUAAGAGGAUUGAGCUGGAGCUGGAUGGAGAGCAAGUGAAUUUGCCCAGUCUGGAGGGGAUAAUAGUGUGCAAUAUCGGCUACUGGGGCGGUGGCUGUAGACUGUGGGAGGGAAUGGGAGAUGAACCCUAUCCUCCAACACGUGUGGAUGAUGGUUUAUUAGAGGUGGUGGGGGUGUAUGGUUCGUUCCACUGUGCACAGAUCCAGGUGAAACUGGCCAAUCCUGUGAGGCUGGGACAGGCACAUACAAUACGGCUGGUGUUGAAGAGUUCUCGGAUGCCAAUGCAGGUGGAUGGAGAGCCAUGGGCGCAGGGUCCAUGCACCAUCACCAUUACCCAUAAGACCCAGGCCCUCAUGCUGUACCACAGUGCAGAACAGACAGAUGAUGAUGACUCCAGCGCCUCAGAGGGUGAAGAACGCUCAGCCGAUCACAUUGACACAACUAGCAACACACAGGAAACAGUGACAGAGUCUUAGUAAGGCUGUAAUCACUCUCUCUGUGCUAUUUCCACCUCAGAAAGUAGCACAGCAUGAAAGGAAGACACCCUGAUGUGAUAAAUGUCUGAUGCCAUAAACGUAAAUGUACAUAAUGUGCAUGUGCUGCUCUAGUAAUAACAUCUGCAGUGGUUAUUUCUGAGUUAAAAAGCCCCUUCUCUCUCAAGCACAUCUUGUGGACAGUUUGUUCUCAAAUUGUCCACAAGAUGUCUAUCUCUGACAUUGGUUUUGUAGAUUUGCGUGCAUAAUUUUUUAUUUAUUUUUCCUGCCAGGGAGUGCUACCCGGAAGCUCUAAGAAGUGGCUCAGGUUUUAGCCAUUUAGUCCACAAUGGAAUCAUAUUCAGUUGUUAGCAGAGCUCAGGCAAUCAUAAAAAAGAGAAUUCAGUCCAGUGGAGAAUGUUACAAACAAAGCUGCUUAGACACCAAUGUUUUGCACUGAUCUUAAGUGCCAUAGGUCUGUGAAAAUACAACUCGCUGCAGAAAUCUUGUAUUUGAGUUGUAUAAAUUAAGCUGUGAAAAUUUUUUAUUUAGGACAUUAUGUUUUGUUUCACCUUUGCACUGCUUGAAUCUAGAGUAGAUUGUGAAUGGACUUGCCAUUGAUAUCUUAUUAUUUUGCAACUAUUCAACUUGUGUUAUUGUUUUUGUUUAUGAAAUAGCAGUAAAAUGUUUCAGAGCACUGGAUUAAGAUACAUUCUUUAUUUUGCUGUUUGCAUACGCUGAUCAUCAGGCAUUUUUAUUGUGUUUUAUUCAUUGUUCAUUUUCUCCACUUUUCCAUAGAGAUUUGUUAUGUUUUUAUGCAUCCUGCUUGAGUAAAAUUUACUUUGCCUAGAAUAUAUCCACCCUAAUAGGCUUUCUGAGUAUUUUCUUUAGUCCCACUCUUCCAAGUCUUUCUGCUUUCAGUGCGAUUGUAGCAAAAGAACGGCAAUGUUCUUGAAAAACUAAGCCAGGAUAGAAAAGAAAAACAGCUUUAGGAGUGGUAUGUGUCAUACAUUUCAUAUAGUCACAUCUAUGGCUUUCCUAUUGGAAAAGCACUCAAGCACAUGCCAUUCUCU